AUGGGUUGUGGUCUGACUAAACCGGCUGUCUCAUUGCCAAGCACAAGCACCACAGACUCGGAUAAUCAUCACUCACCGAUUGACGAAAACGUCAAACCGAUUGCCGAAGUGACAGAGCUACAACCGUCUGUCGAUGAGACGAGGGAACCGGAACGGGUCAGAUCAAUCACACCAAAAAGUGCUGCGUCUGGUGAAAAAUCAUCCGGAGCCAGUGAUUCGGAAGCGAAUGAGGAACAGGACUAUCCGAUACGUAUUACCACUAAAGCGGAUACUGAUUCACCGACUAAUCAGAAUGUGAUAGCGACAGAAUCGAAGAAAGGAUUUGUCGCAUUCGAUAUCCCAUUGGACGGAUCACAAGCAACCAUUUUAGAUAAUGUGCUCAAAAAACCUUUACCCAAACGACUCCGACAUUUAGAACCGUUAGGUCAUGCGCCUCAGAUCACCACAGAAAUGUUAAUGGAAAAGUUGGAAAAAGCGGAAGAGAAAAGACAAAAGGCUCUGGCACGCUGGAAAGAACAAGCAGCCCGAAGAAGAGAAAUGGCCCAACGUCGGAAUGAGCAGUUUGGAGAUCACCACACUGCGCAUAUCUCUGGUUUAGUCAUGAACUGUAGUUACGAAAUUGUUUGGCAUAUAUUCUUGCCCUUUGUGAGCUAUUAUAGCCGUGAUAUACAAGUUGAAGAUAGUAUUUCCGAGAGCAAGGAUAUCGAUCAGUGCAUGUCACCAGAAGACAAACGAUCUGCUGGAAGUCAGUUAGCAGAAAUACUCCAGAUGACUGGUGAUAUGGACAACACAAUUCUGACAUCUAUCAACGCCGAACCCAGCAAUCAAUACAACAACAAUAUGACUGUGCAGCGUGCGGAAUGCACCACAGACUUUGACUCUAUCCGGUUGGGUCAAGCAGAGGUGGAUAUAAAUCGAGCCUAUUUAUUCGAUUUUCCCACCUAUCGACGAGGACGAUCGCAAUUGCAAGUUCUACCGGAAGAACAAGAGUACAAUAUUAGCGAUGAAGAGACCUACACAACUGAUAAUAAGGAGCGAAUGAGCGAAGCAAGUCCUAAACUAUGUCAAGCCAAACCAUCUUCCGAUUUCAACCAGUACAUGUCUCAACCCUCAAAAGAUUUAGCCAGUACGCAUCCCACUAGACUAAACCGUUCCGGUGGAAUUUGA